UUGUCAGAAGCGUCUCACCACCUCGACACGAUGGUCUGUCUGCCCGGAGUCAGCGUGGUCUUCCUGAGCGCUCUGCUGCACACGGUGGCACCCUGGGGCGCUCACCGACCAGAGAGACCGAGGCAGUGCGACGCACCGAAGACGCAAAGUGACAUGAACUCUUUCCUGUGGAGAGUAAACCGUGCGCCUCCCCACCCGCCUUCUUACUUAUUCGGUACCAUCCACGUGCCCUACACACGAGUCUGGGAUUUCAUCCCCGACAGGUCCAAGCAGGCUUUCCACAACAGCCGCAACGUGUUCUUCGAGCUGGACCUGACCGACCCUCUGACCAUCUCCAAGCUGACCAGCUGCCAGCUGCUGCCCCACGGGGAGAACCUGCAGACGCUGCUGCCUCGGGACUUGUACCGCCGCCUCAAACACCACCUGGACUACGUCAAACACAUGAUGCCUUACUGGAUGACUGCUGACCAGCGCGGCCGCGGACUGUACGCCGACUACCUGUUCAACGCAAUCGCCGGCAACUGGGAGAGGAAACGGCCGGUUUGGGUGAUGCUGAUGGUGAACUCGUUGACGGAGUGGGACGUUCGGUCCAGGGGGACGCCUGUGCUGGACCUGUUCCUGGCUCAAGAGGCUGAGAGGAUGAGGAAGACGACGGGGGCGGUGGAGCGGGUGGAGGAGCAGUGUCACCCCCUCAACGGGCUCAACUUCUCCCAGGUGCUGUUUGCGUUGAACCAGACUCUGCUGCAGCACGAGGGCGUGCGAGCAGGCAGCCUGCAGGGCUCCUACACCACCGAGGACCUCAUUACCCACUACAACUGUGGAGACCUCAGCUCCAUCAUCUUCAACCACGACACCUCACAGCUGCCUCACUUCAUCAACAGCUCUCUGCCAGCUCAUGACCGCAUGAUCGCCCUGCAGAUUGACAGCUACUUCCGCAAGGAGCUCAUCUACAAACGCAACGAGCGAAUGGCUCGCCGCAUGUCCGCCCUGCUGCAGAGGAAUCCCAACCAGACGUACUUUUUUGCUUUUGGUGCAGGUCACUUCCUGGGGAACCACAGUGUGCUGGACAUCCUGAGGCAGGAGGGCUACCAGAUCGUCCACGUGCCCUCUGAUCACCAAGAGCCCAUCCCAGAGAGCAAACCGGCUAAAGAGCCUUCGGCGCGGUCCGGCGCGGAGGCCACCGACGGCAGCACGUCGUCCCCCGACAGCUGGCUGACCAGUCCGUCCGAGCUGGAGCUGGACUACGAGGAGGGCCUGCCCGGCCUCGGAGACGAGGAGCUGCCUCACAUUCUGCUCCCCGACAGCCUGAGCCAGCUGGAGGAGUUCGGACGACACAAGCGGCCUCGCAAAGCCCACCGGGGCCACGGGAGGCCCCGCCUCUUCAGCGACCUGUGGGUUCGCAUCGGGGACAGCACGACUCCGCCGCCGAGUGUGAGGAGAAUCAACGGCUACGUGACAGCGGAGCCUCCGCUGACCCAUCAGGAGCAGCACAGUCGGAUGGAGGUCUCUGCCACAGAGCGACCUCCCAGUCCAGCUUCCUCCACGUCGCCCGACCCCAGCUCGGCCCGGCCGGCCUCAGCCCACCGCGCCAUCACGCUGCUGUCCUGUACUCUCGCCUGGCUGUUAACACACAUGCUGUUCACCUCCUGACCACCGCACCGCGUUAUCGCUGCUGCCUCCACGCCAAAGCAGUGGACUGUGAUAAACGAGGAAUGAGCAUCAACGUAUUGCAGAAAGGAGACGGAGGCGGAGCCUCCAUCGACGGCGAGGGAUCCGCUCCGGUUCCGCCGAAGUCUCCACAAGCUUGUCGAGUCUCAAAAAACGUGCGGGACACAAGCAACGAAUGGACUGUGUUCUUCAAGCCUCGUGAAAGUAUUACGGUAGAAUAACAAACACAUAGAGCCACGAAGACGAUGUAACGAGUUUGAGUGGUGGAACUUCCUGCCGAAUAAAACCUGUAAUACUGUGUAGAAAAGUAAGACGUUAAUAACGAGAGUAGGACGUACUAAUAACAGUUAUAGCUCUGUGAUAAAUGAGUUGAAUACAUUCAGUCAAACAGGACUGUGUAGGAGGUGGAGCACUCUGUUGCCACUGCUUUUUGUAAAUUGUGCAUUUUGUU